GUCGAGGAAGACAUUGGUUUUGCCAAUCAAGGCGUAGCACCAGAAGCAGCUGACUGAAAGGAGCUUCGGAUUUCCCGGGUCGUAGUAAAAUUAACCGCAAGAGGAAUCGGCUGCAAGGGUUAGGAAACAAGCCUGAAGAUGGUCGUCAAGGUCUUCAUCUCUGGAAUAUCCGGAAACAAAGAGGUGAAAAAACGCCAGCAACGAGUGCAGAUGAUCCUCGAGAGCAAAGGCAUAAGUUACGAAGCCGUGGACAUCACAGAGCCGGGCAAGGAAGGGGACAAAGAGUUCAUGCAGAAAAACAGCAAGAACAGAGACAACGAUCGCCACCCUCUGCCACCCCAGAUUUUCAACGACGAGGAGUACUGUGGGGAUUACGAUGACUUUGAUUUGAGCAAUGAAAUCGAUGAGUUGGAAAAAUUCCUGAAAGUUCCUGUUGACCCUGCUAAAGCGGCAAAGAAGGAGGGCACAAACGGCACAGUAAAUGGAGUGGCUGGAAGCCGAGAGGCAUCAAUUGACAGAGACAUUGAGAUUCCAGUGCCCGUGAACUUUAAGACUGCCGUAGCUGAAGCAAGCGAGGAAACAAAACCUGAUCAGGCCGAUUCAACAGAAGCGCCAGCGGAAAAAGACAAGGACGAAGAAGCAGAGGAGGAGGAUGAAGGGGAGGAUGAAGAGUAAACUUCAUCAUUGUCUUUUUGCUAAAUCCCGACUUAAUUGUAAGUCAUUUUCAUUAGCCGCGUCGCCAAACGUCUUUACUGUCCUCCCGAAUUUUACGUAAUUUGCUAAUCAUCACUUCUUCACCAUUAUAUUCAUUUAUUUUAUUAUUAUCUGAUCAUUAUUGAAAAUAUAAAAACUAAUUUUUUUGAAAAGUAGGCAACAGCCUUUAUUAUUAUUUUUGCAUCACAUCUGCCUUGGCUUGCCUUUAGGUACCAAAUUGUGAAAAAAAAUGGUGUUUGAUAUGAAACUUGUAGUAUUAAUUGAAUACUAUUUGUGAAUCUAAAAUUUGAGUCAUACAAAUAUUAAAUAUUGGACCUCUCUAUCAUAUUUUAUCAAUUUCCUUUUAAUUUUUAUUUCAAUUUUCUAUUUUAAUGAGUAUAUAGGGAAGAAUAAGUUUGAAAUAACAAAUUGAUUCCCUUUGUCCUUAUUUAAAAAUGAUACGAUCCCUUGACUUGUUACUAUAGCUUUAUUUCGUUCGCUGAAAUAUGAGCUAGACUGAAUUUAAACUAAUGUGACAAAAAUUCCGUACAGCAGUUUUUAGAUGCGAUUUUUUCAAAGCAAACCGUUCUAUUUUAACCUUUAUUUUGCUUGGACCAAUUCUUAAUUGGCCUAGGUUUUAGCAAAAUCCAUGCAGUAUUUGACGCCAAAAAGAUUUUUAUUAAAAUCCAAUUAAUAAUGCAGUUUUGUAAUAAAUGCUCAUGCUGAUUGUAACAGGUCAUUGGAAAUGAUUACUUGUACCAAGUGUAAUGUACUUUGUCUCCGACAUCUCUCUGUAAAGGAAAUAUUAUUACUCUAGGUGUAAAAAAUUGCACGUUCUUGUAUUUAUACUUUGCAAUAUUAUGUCUUUUUUAAUGAAAUAACCUUCAUGUUGCCAAUCCUAAAUCUUUUUUUGCAAAUUGCUCAAGGUGCAGGCGACUAUGGAAAGCUUUUAGGGCUGUGCCUUAACACUGGGCUCUCUAAAAUAUUGCGCACAUGCUACACAAUUAUUAAAGAAUGAGGAUUUUGUUCCAAUGUGUGAAAAUUGCAAAAUGCUUUAUAUGUAAGUCUCCAAAGUACAUUUACACACAACUCUAUAAUGCUGAAUAAUGGAUUCUUUUUACAAAACGCCGGCUGGAGUAGGUGUUUGUAAUCAUGUACAAUUUUUAUUUUGUCUCAAUUUCUUUGUUUAUCAUGUCACUUGAAAUUGCAAUUUUUUUAUUUUUCAUUUGUGGAAACCUUCAUUAAAUAAAGAAUAAGUAAAUUUGAACAAGA